CAUUAGUGCACCUCAGUUGUGCAUGGCUACUGGCUACUGAGUGUACAGGGCUGCCAGAAAGAACGCUGAUAGUCUGAUAAGUCAAAAGUCAUGGCAGAGGCAGAGCCACAAGAAAAAACACUCGAGGAUUGGGCAAAGUCAUGGGACGAUAAUAGAACAGGAUGGCAUUUGGAUCAUGUCAACAGCAACCUAACUGAGAACAUUGAGUUUUUAACUGAUGGCAAACAAAACCUCAGGAUAUUUGUUCCACUCUGUGGAAAAACAUUAGAUCUAUUAUGGUUGGUGAGACAAGGACAUACAGUGAUAGGAGUUGAGGCUGUACCAAAAGCAAUUGAAGAUUUCUUUAAAGAAAACGACAUUUCGUACGAGAAAAAGACACUUGAUGGAUAUGGUCACUGUUUUAUGGCUUUUGGUGGAAAACUGAAAAUUUUUAAUUGUGAUUACUUCAAGUUCAACAGCUCACUGGCAGGCGGGAAAGUUGACUGUAUCUGGGAUUGCAAUUCAUUAGGUGCAAUCCCUCCUAAUGAUUGGACACAAUAUCUACAAAUUUCAUUGGAACUUCUCAACCGUUCUCAUGGUCGUAUUUUAUUUCAAGCAUUUCUUUAUGAUCAAGAUGAAUAUGCCGGCCCUCCAUAUUCAGUUCCAAUAGAAAAACUAAGCAGUUUACUUGGUGAUUCUUACGAGUUACAGUUAGUGAACAAAAAACCAGCCGAGGAGGCUCGGUCACGUUUUGGUCAAUCUUGGCUUUACAACACAGUUAUCAGUGUAAAAUAUAAGAAGUGACGUUUUAAUAGAAUACACUUUACAGUUAAAUUUGUUUUAUCCAAAUGUAAAAUGACAAAAAUUUACUUUAGGAUUACAUUUAUAAGUACA